GCUUUCGUCUUUGGCUUAUAGAUAGAUGUGCUAUAUAUUUCUAUUUACAUUUAUUUGGUUAUUCAUUUUUAUAUUAAGCAAAUAAAAGUACUUUCUAUAAAAUUAGACGUAAGCCUAUGUAUUAAAAAAAAAUAGAUUAAAGAUUUUUGUAUUUAGAGUUUUUUUUUAAAUGUUAAAAAAAUGUUUUGGUAAAAAUAAAAUGAUAUGCACAGGGUUAGUGUCAGCUGGUAUAGUGAUGUGCAACAUGACUCGCUUGUAGUACAGUGAAUUGCCGAUCUGGACUAAACGUAGAUCCACCAUAGAUAGAAUAUUACACAGUUGAAUAAGAUAUUAUUACUACAAGGCUGCCUCUUUACCUUUCCGAUUCACUAACAUUUUUGGUUAUUACAUAUAAUUUCUAAUACAUUGGUUAAGUACAAGCGGAAUAAACAUGAGAAUGUUAAGACCAGAAGAACAAAUUCAUAUCAUUGAUAAUGAAGUAACUGUUGAAGAAAUCAUAAAGGAUAUAGUUAGAACAAACGUCAUGUCAGAUCCAUUUUAUAUAUUUGAUAUUGGUGAUCUUGUGAAUAAAGCAAUAAUUUGGCAGCAAAAAUUACCGCGUGUAAAACCUUUUUAUGCUGUAAAAUGCAACGACAGUUCCCUCGUACUAGAAAUUUUGUCAGCGUUUGGAACAAAUUUUGAUUGCGCUUCCAAAGUCGAGAUAAAAAAAGUUUUGGACUUGGGAGUGAAUCCAUCACGUUUAAUAUUUGCUAAUCCAGCAAAAAUGGCUUCACAUAUAAAAUAUGCCAUGAGCAAAUGCGUUGAUCUGACAACAUUUGAUAAUAAACUGGAACUGUACAAAAUUAAGUCAUUACAUCCAUCUUGCAACUUGGUUAUACGAAUUCGUUGUGAUGCAACUGAAGCACAGUGCCCCCUUGGUAUCAAAUAUGGGUGUGAUCCUUUAACCGAAGCACCAUCAUUAAUGGCAUUGGCUCGUGAUUUAGGUUUGUCUGUAGUUGGAGUAAGCUUUCAUGUUGGUUCAGGAUGCAAUGAACCAGCUGCUUUUCAAAGAGCAAUUGCUGCUUCAGCAGGUAUUUUCCAACUUGCUCAGGAGUUAGGUUUUAUGAAUAUGUACUUGUUGAACAUUGGUGGAGGAUUUCCUGGAAAUAAAAACACUUCAUUGGACAAAAUUGCAAAUAUAGUGAAUGAUGCACUUGAUGAAUGGUUCCCUCCAAAUAAUGGAGUGACUAUCAUAGCAGAACCUGGUAGAUAUUUUGUGGCUUCAGCAUUUACACUCGCUACAAAAAUCCAUUCUAUUAAAAAACGUUCAAAUAAUGAAAGUCAUAUUAUGUAUUUCAUUAACGAUGGAGUGUAUGGUUCUUUCAAUAGUAUUCUUUAUGAUCACUCGGUUAUUGUGCCUAAAUCUUUAUAUGAUUAUUCGAGAAGUCGUCCAAUUUGUGAGAGUUCCAUCUGGGGACCUACUUGUGAUGGUUUAGAUAAAGUAGUUGAUUUUGUGAACAUGCCACUGCUGAAAAUGGACGAUUGGAUUACUUUUGAAAACAUGGGAGCUUAUACAAUACCUAUAGCUUGCACAUUUAAUGGAUUCCCGCUUCCCAAGGUCUUUGCUGUCGCUAAUCAAAGAAUUUGGAAUAAGUUGAAAAAUGUAAUGGAUAUAUCUGAAGACAUUUUCACAACCGUGUCUAUUGUUGCAACUAUCAAAAUGAUACAAUCAGAAUCUAUUGAAGAUGAUGCAUGUGAUGAAAACAAUUUUAAAUAUACUCAAUAAUAUACAUGUUUCCUCACUUAUAGAAUUAUUUUUUUUUUUUUGCCUAAAAUAUACAUUUUUAAUUGUAUAAUUUAAAUUAUUGAGCCUCCAUUUUAAUGUGUUUACAAUUAGACAUAUUAUCAUUGGUUAUGUUAGAACCAACUAAAUUGAGAAAAAAUUCCGUUUCCUUUAAUUAUGAUUAUUUUUUUUAUAUUUCUAAGGACAUAAUAAUCUUACAUAAAUUACACUAUAUAAUACAUAAGUACAUUAUUAAAUCAUAUUGUGUUAUUGAUAGAUAGUUGCAAUCUUGUUAAUAUGCAUUAUAUACAGUAUACAUCUAAUUAUACUAGUUAAACAGUCUAACAAUGUUUAAUAUGUUACAGAUAAAAAUGUUAAUAAAAACAAUAAAGGAAAUGAAACAAUUAUCUUCUCCGCAAGCUU